CCAGCAGUUGGAGUGGCGCACGUGGACUGCAGACUCUCCGGGUGAAUUUACUUAAAAAGAAAACUAUCUACCAUUGUGAAAUAUUUUUUUGUUUUUAAAGACACUUGAUUAGUUUGAUGUAAAGUUUCAAACAAUGUACAUUCGCGCCUGUUCUGUACAAGGAACUGUGCCAUACUUAAAAUUAAGAAACAUGUAAGGAAGAAAGAGAUAGUGCUCGCGCUGAAUUAAUUAGCUGGAGAGCAUGCGCGCGCUGUUUAAGUAGAUUUCUGUGAGUCACUCCACUUUACUUCAUUAUGGUGGACAAGGGUCCUCUUCUGACUUCGGCUAUUAUUUUCUACCUGUCCAUUGGGGCAGCAAUAUUUCAAAUCCUGGAGGAACCGAGCUGGGAGAUCGCAGUAAAACAUUAUAAAGCAGAAAAGGAGAAAAUUUUGAAACAACACCCAUGUCUUACAAAGGCUGACCUGGACCACAUCCUAGAGGUGGUGUCUGAUGCUGCAGGACAUGGCGUCACUAUAACAGGGGAUAAAACCUUUAACAACUGGAAUUGGCCCAAUGCCGUCAUCUUCGCAGCUACAGUUAUCACAACUAUUGGUUAUGGAAAUAUUGCCCCCAAAACAUCAUCUGGGAGGGUUUUUUGUAUUUUUUAUGGGCUUUUUGGAGUGCCGCUGUGUUUUACUUGGAUCAGUGAACUUGGAAAGUUUUUUGGAGGACGAGCUAAACACCUUGGGCAAUAUCUCACUAAGAAGGGGGUAACACUGCGGAAAACACAGUUCACCUGUACAGCCAUCUUUCUGUUGUGGGGCAUGUUGAUCCAUUUGGUGAUCCCUCCAUUUGUUUUCAUGUCUCAAGAAGGUUGGACUUACAUUGAGGGCUUGUACUUUUCGUUUGUAACUUUGACAACUAUUGGUUUUGGUGAUCUUGUAGCAGGUGUUGACCCCAAUGCUGAUUACCCUACUCUUUAUCGCUAUUUUGUGGAGGUGUGGAUUUAUCUGGGUCUGGCAUGGCUCUCUCUGUUCUUCAAUUGGAAGGUUCGCAUGGUUGUGGAGGCUCAUAAAGCUCUUAAGAAGCGGCGUAAAAGGCGCAAACUGUCUUUGGAUGAACUAGAGCACUAUAAGGAGAGCCAUAAGACCCUUCUGCCACCAACCCCCAAUGACGUCAACAUAUUCAGCUUUUUAUCUAAGAAAAAAGAGGGUUACAAUGACCACAUCAAGCAGAUAGGUGUCGAGAAAGGAGAAGGGCAUUGUGUCAGCUCCAUUACUGGUAACAAGUCUAAAGCACCAAACCGAUCAAAAAGCUGUAGUGAUGCUUUUUCCAUUAAUGGAAAUGCCAUCCUCAAUCUAGAUCGCUCACCUCGGCAGAAGCGCCGCUAUAGCUUUAGUGAUCGAGUUACUGUGGCCCUCUCAAAAUCCAAGAACUACCUUCUUGUCCAAGAGGAAUGUCUUCUCAUGAAUGAGAUUCAUGGGGAAGGAGAGCACGAUACUGACCUGGACCAAUUUUUUGAGAAUCAGUUGGACAAGGAAGCAGGAGAGGACCACAGAUGUCUCAGAUCUGGAGGCUGCAUUGGGGGUCGGAACACGUACCAAACCCUCAUGUUUCCCAAUGCCAACAUCACUUUCAUUGAUGAGGAGAACUUGCUGAACCACAACCUGGAGGAUGGUAAAGAUGACACUGUGCCUAGGUUUUCAACCUCAGAUGAGAACUUUGAAUCUGAGACAGACUCCAAAGAGGAACUGGGCUCAGAUUCAGAGAGCUCUGUAUUCACCACAGAUGGGUCGGACCACGGCCAUUCCUAUGAACAACUGGUGGAAGAAUAUUCCAAAGAGGACAACACAGACACUUGAUCCUAUUAGUCUUUUCAAGCAAGUUUAAAAAUGAUUGUACAAAUUAGAAUCUGUGAAAUUACUUUUAGUUAGUGUUAUGCCAAGCCACAUUGGAUAUUGCAAGAAGAACAAAAGAUGGAUGAGUCUUCGUUCAAACUGUCUAUCCUGACUAAAAUGAAGUUCACUUUAUAAACAAACUAUAGGCAACUGUUGGCAUAGAAAAUUUUUAUCCAUAAACAUAAUUAACUAAUUUAUUAGCUGCUCUAGUUUUACAGGUUUUUUAUUUAUUGUAUGACAAAAACAAAUUGUGUUUCUAAAUUGUCUGAGACUGCAGAAUCAGUCGUUGUAAGUCUCUGAAUGACUAUGAACUGUGUCAUAGGAAAAGACGAUAUGGACUGGCCAUUCUAUUGAGGAUUCCUUUUUUUGCAUGUUUGUUCACCAUAUUGGUGAUUUUUUUAAAGAUUAAAUAUGCCACUUUACCUUUGUCAAAGCUUAAUCUUAUUGCAGCAUUGGCUUUUUGUAAGGUUGAGAUUUAAUUCCUUUUUUUUUUUUUUUGAUGCAGGCAUUAUUUUUGAUGCUCCUCAAUUGUGUUUGUGAGUUCCUAUUAGCAGGAUUAUCUCAAAACUUAUGAAGUCUUAGACUGUUUAGUCACAGAAGACCAUUGUUGAUUCAACCAAGAUACUUCUUUAAUAUUUGUGUGGUAUGUGAAAUGAUAGGAAAUUAAACUACCCCUCUGUGUUUAGUCUGUGUUUAGACUGCAAGGGAUAGUCUUUACUAACAUGAUAACCACAGAUUUAGUGUCUGACUCAUUUGGAUGUUUAAAAGCAUCCAAAGCAUCUCACUGUACUUUUAAUGUCCCAUGAAAAAAAAGAAUUUACAUCCUGGUUGUAGUUCCCCACUGCUAAAUCUUGGCAGUGUGUUUGUUUUCACACUGUCUUUUUGUGUCACGUCACUGAAUCUCAAUUUCCUGUUGUAGUUGUAAUUAUAUUGUUUGCAUGUCAAGGGUGUUAUAAAGACAAGCUCUCUCAAAAUCAAACCUCUAUUUGUCUUUCUUUAUAGAAAGGUUUCUCAGUCUUCAUAAAUCUUCAAAAAGUUCAAACAUCGAAAACACCUAUAGUUAUGUAUUCUAAUAUUCAGUUCUGAUGCAUUCUGUACCAAUUUACCUUUUUUUGAAUGAUCUCCUUUGUUUUCCUUUAUGAUGUUACUAUCAAAAAGGUGUUAUAUGCAGUGUUUAUUGUAUAUUGCAAUCAUUCAGAAGUUGUAAAAUUUGCAUUUCCAUUGGGCAUUUAAUGUGUCCGUUUCAUCCGAGAGCUAAGAGGAUUUUUGCAUAAGCUCAAACCAAACAGCCUGAGCAAAAACAAGACCCACCCUUCGUUUUCCAUGCUACUUUUUAACCAUGGAUCCCUUCAGUUUUUAAUGCAUAGGCUCUCUCACUUGAGAGAAUGUGUGUUUGCUAUAUAAACAUUUGAAAAGGGCCUGUCAGUAGCCAUCACUAGUGGGUUUGUUCAGGCCAUAGCUUUGUAGUCUGUUGAAUUUGUUGAGUUAAAUGACAUGAAUGACAAAAACAGGUUAACAUGUAACUUACUGUACUCCUUCCUUGUUGUCAGAUCUUAGAAAGGAGAGUUGGGCUAUUGUUUUGGUCAUGUUGCAGCAUUUCUCCCAAUUCUAUCACAAAGCAAAACAUUUUAUUCUUGUACAGUAAAAGGGUAAAGUGUUUUUGAUAUUUUCUGUAGGCAACAUGUUCUCGACUAUAUAAUGGUAACUGAAAUACUGCUUGCAUUUUACAGUUUAAUUCAAUUCCUUUCUGCUGGUGCUGUUUUGAUCCAUUCAGAUGAUCGCUGUAUGAAUUUGAAUAUUGGUUAUCCUGAUGAAUGAGAAGUAUGACAUUUUUUUUUUUUAGUCUUGUUAAUCUUUUGUUGAUUUUGUUUAUUUUUAUGUUUUUAACUUGUGCAAUGAUUUAAAAAGUGCACUUGGCCUUAGCAAAAGGUACCUGCCUCUUGAAGGAAUUUGAAAAAUUGUCAAAAUGGCAUAUUGUGUGUGGGUGGGUGCAUGUGUGUGUGUACAUUUUACUCCAGCAUUAUUAAAAAUUUAAUUAGCUUAUUUUACUGAUUAUGGCAUGUCUGAAAAACUGUACUUUUUGACUAUAUAAAAUAAAGUAUUAAGCAAU